GCUUUACCUCCCAUCUUGAAGUGGUCACUGUGCGUUUUUAACUGGUCACCACCAGGAGAGAGAAAAUUCUCAUAAAUUCUAGAGAGAGACUCCAGCUUGGAGAAUCAAACUUGUUUUGUUUACUUACUCUAAUAUUAUCAUUCUCUGUUUAUAUGUCUGCAAAAAUUAUAAUUCCCCUUUCGUCUGCAACAAAGGAAAGGGAUGACUUCUUGAAGUAAAAAUUGAUGUCUUGUUGGCCUCAAUUCAUUCCAUUCGCGUUUCUGAAUUAUUUUUUCUAUAAUUUUCUCUGAUUUUAUUAUUAUAGUUUUGUUUUUAAUUCCAUCGUGAUUAGUAGUUUCAUCUCUCUUCUAUCUGUUUCUGAACCAUGCAAGAUGCCUUUAGCACAAUUUUAAGAAUCUGAAAGCAACCCGUUUCAUUUCCAGGUGCUGAUCUCUUUAUUCCAUUCCAUUUUCACUUUCAUCAGAUGGGUUUCUUGUAAUUUGUAGAGGGUUUUAAUCGCGUCUCCUGUGUUGCAUUUCCUACGAUGGGGUCUUGCUGUUAGUUCAGGUAGUUGAUACUUGUUUGUUGCUUCAGAUUCAAAAUCUAAUUGAAUGUAGAGAUUUUUUUUAGGGUUUUUGAAGAUUUGUAACUUAGCUUUGGACGUCAAUUUUGUGGGUUUUCUCUUGUACCCUUCAGUCAAUUCCUGUUAUGUCGGCUGAUCACUGUGGUUCUAGCUUACUUCUAGCUUUACCAGACGAUGUAUUUAUAAUCGUCUGUCGUUGCCUCUCUCGGAGAGACCUUUGCAACCUCAGCCUCUGUUGCCGGAGCCUCUAUGAUCUUGCAUUCUCUGAGAAGGUCUGGCUCUCCCAAUGUGAGAUGCUAGGUGUGGUUGCUAAUCAAGAACUUGUGGAAUGGCGCAAUGGUGUGUCCUCUUACAAUGCUCUCUGUAAGUUUCUUGUUAGUGUUCGGCCCUUGAUCGGCAUCUGGGUACACCAGAACCCGGAGCUUGGAAAUGUAGUUUAUGUGAUGCCUGGUUUUGUAUCUGUUGUUGGGUGCCGAAUCAUCCCUCAAGAUAUUGGGCCAUUGGGGCUUGAAGAUGGCCCUCUACUAUGGGCACCUGUAUUUGAGAUUAUUAGUGAUUCUGAUGGCUCUGCGGCAUUUUUCUUACAUGGGCGAGAGAAGGAUACUAAUUACUUCUAUCCUGGUCUGCUCAAGGCGGUUGAUAGAGCCAGCAAUGUGCUCUUGCUUGAGGUAGAGCCACAGCAGCAGUGCUGGGGAUGGAAAUUGUUGCAUAGUAAGAUUAGUAGGUCUGAUGAUGGAAUUUUGAAGUCACAUAGAUUAGUUGAAACUCACAAGCCUGUGGUGCCCUUCAGUAGAUUGGCUUUUGGUGACAGACGGAAACUGCUGGAGGUCGUUACCUAUCGCUUAAAGGUCCCUGAUACGGAAAAUGGGCCUCUGUUUCCUGGCUUAAGAGAUGAUGAAGUAAACUUUCAGAAGGAUAUGGUGCUCUUGUCUGAGCGCCGUUCAAUGCUAUUGCGGAUGUACAAGCUUGGUGAGGGCCACAUUGAUUGGGAGUCGGCACCUGGACUCCCUUCAGAUCCUAUUUGGAUGGAAUUGAACAAGAUCAUGAAGACUCUUGAUGCUUCAGGUGCCAGGUAUGGUUCUGCCAAUGGGGUGGAGGGUCACUCAAAGAAUACAAAGAGGAGAACUGUAGCUGGGUAUUUUAAGGAUAGUGUGAAACAGAUUCUUGGGAAGUCCGGCUCCAUCAAUGAUCGUGCAAGUUCAAGGAAUGGUACUUCGAGCAGUGAAACUAAAUAUGCACAGCUUCAUGAGUUCCUAAGGCCAGGUGACACAAUUGGCUUGAGCUUACAUGCUUGUACUAUGAAGUUAUCUAGUUAUCGAGCAUGGCCAAACAUGCCUGACAGCCGGUUUGCCCUGUACAAGUUGCCUGUGAGGAUCCCUAAAGCUGGUGAAGAGUAUUCAGGCCUGUGGGGUGGCACCUUUGGCUGGCCUCCCGGGAGGCCUGCAGAAGAUAAGCCUGGGAAAGCUCUAUUCUUUCUUUUGCUUUCUUAUGAAGUGUCUGAAGGUCAGCGACUUCUCAUUGCAACCAAAAUAUUAGAAGGCACCCACUAUGUCCUGCAUCCCAAUGGGUCGGCGAUGUUUAUUGUAAAGGUUGACGAACCUUCAUUGGAUCCAUUCCCUUGGGAUACUGAUGGAGAUUCCAUACCCGUGGAGGUGAAACAUGCUUAUAAUGGGGAUGGAAUUGCAAAUGGGUACGGUUUCAGAUAUCCUGGCUCUAAGCCUGGUUCACUAUUUGUGAUUCAAAAUGAAGUCCUUGCAUUCGUCUGGAGGGAAUCCAGAGCUGUCCUGACCUUGCAGAGGCUUGACCUACAAGAGCUCCUUAAGAAAGGUGAAAGGGUGCCUGCUUUGCCUCCUGUUGCUAACUUUUCCUAUUUGACAAAGUCAUAUUCGAAUGUGUUUGCAAGCUUUUCAAACACCUCCCAUGGUUUGUCUUCUAUACCAAGAAUUGUGGGACAAUUUGGAACACAGUAGACAUGUAUGGGCUCUGGUGCAUGUUCAUGUUGUCUCCGUUUAUGAAUGGAAUCAUGUGCAUGGAAGCUCCACCGUGGCAGUCAUUAUUCAGAGGCAUAACAUGGUUCAUCUUCUGACCAAUUUAUUGCUCCCAACAAUCUUUCACUUAUCGAUGACAAAGUUCUGUUCACUACUGUCAUGAUAUUGGGAAAGCAUCCCUGGGAACUCUAUUUUAGUUGGCAUUUGGUGAGGUAAUCUUGUGUAUAUGUGAUGUGAUCAUCUUUAGAGACUUAGGGUAUACAUGUGAAAAUAAACAUGGAAUAUUUAUAUCCCAAAUGAUCAGGGAUGAGUUAAUGCUUGAUAUAAUAAAGGUCCUUAAUUUGUUUUGAUUGUA